AUGCAGGUCCCAGGCCAUUUAAAUCCAGGCUUGUGGAAACACCCCAACGACCAGCAGAAAAACUACAAGAGCUUGAACCAUUGGAUUGAACUCGCGAAGAAACUGGAGGCGGCCAAGUUCCAUGGCUUCUUCUUCGCGGACGCGCUUGGAGGCUACGAUGUAUACAAGGGACCCCAGAAUCUCGACGCAACACUCUCCGCCGGAGCGCAACUGCCGAUGAUUGAUCCCUCUUACGCCGUUCCAGCCAUGGCAGCUGCUACAGAGAGCAUCUCGUUUGGCGUCACAGCCUCAACAACAUAUGAAUCGCCAUACUCCCUGGCCCGCCGCUACUCCACCCUCGAUCAUCUUACCAAUGGACGAAUCGGAUGGAACAUCGUCACGUCUUUCUUGGAUUCGGCAGCGAGAAAUUUUGGCUUGACCGAGCAGAUUGAGCAUGACAAACGGUAUGACAGAGCGGAUGAGUUUCUGCAAGUGACAUAUAAACUCUGGGAGGGUUCUUGGAAAGAAGAUGCCGUGGUGCAAAGUGGAGGGGUAUUCACAGAUCCUUCCAGGGUUCGCCAAAUCAACCACAAAGGGACAUACUUCGAGGUUCCAGGUCCUGCGUUGACCGAGCCAUCGCCUCAACGGACGCCAUUCUUGCUCCAAGCCGGAACUUCCGGUGCAGGCAAAGCGUUCGCUGCAAAGCAUGCGGAGGCAGUGUUCGUAAAUGCUUUCCAUCCCGAGGCCAUCCGGCCGUCUUCAGAUAGCCUCCGAAGCCAAGCGAAGGAGUUUGGCAGAGACCCUAAAGACAUAAAGAUCAUCGCCGGUGUCUUUGUUGUGGUUGCGGAGACGGUGGAGGCUGCCCAGGCGAAGUUUGCCGAGUAUUCAAAGUACGGCGAUCGCGAAGGAGCCCUCGCACUCUUUGGUGGCUGGUCCGGCUUUGACCUCUCGUCAUACUCGGAUGAUCAGGAUUUCCGGUUCGUCGACCAGCCUGCUAUCAGAAGCAUGGUGACCAGCUGGUCCGAAUCAGUGCCGGGAUACGAGGGCAGGAAGUGGGACAAGGCUGCGAUUGCCGAUACGUUGAUUUUGGGGAGCACGUCGCCCAAGAUAAUCGGAGAUGCAAAAACUGUGGCUGACGAACUGGAGCGCUGGGUUGAGGUUGCUGAUGUGGAUGGAUUCAAUUUCAGCUAUGCGACCGUGCCGGGAACUUUUGACGAUAUCAUAGAAUUCCUGCUACCUGAGCUGAGAAAGAGAGGCUUGUUUUGGGAAGAUUACACCGCGCCAGGAGGGACUAUGAGAGAAAAUUACACCUUCACACCCGGGGCAAAGAGGCUGCCCAAGAAUCAUACUGGUGCUCAGUAUGUCUGGGAAUAA